AAUCACAGACUCAAGCACAGGUGAUUCAGUAUUGUUCUUCCUGCAACACACUGUUAUCCGCGAACGUAUAUAUAUGAGCUUACUUGAUGACCAAGGAUCAGUGUCGAUCUGUGCACAAUAGCGAGGAUCGCAUUAGUUUCGAUUCCGUGAACGGAAAAAAUCUCGGUCCAAGAUGUUCACCAAGGAGCUGCUCUUCCUCGCGACAGUCGUGGGUUUCGCGACCGCCAAAGUCCCCGACUACAUCCACGUAUGUGGCGCCAAAAAUCCACAUAUCGACGAGUGCAUCAUUAAAAGCGUGGAAGCUUUGGCUCCGAAACUUCGCAACGGAAUCCCCGAAUUCGACAUUCCGCCUACGGAUCCUUUGUCAAUCGGUACGAUAAAGCUCACGGACAUGCCGAACAUUCAAGCGACUGGAUCGGACAUCAAAUUGCACGGACUCGACACUUAUCAUAUAGACUUUCUCCACAUGGACUUGGAGAAGCAGACUCUAGACGUUGUCCUCCGUUGCGACAAAAUCCAGAUGGAUGCAUCUUACAGCGUCACUGCUAAGAUCUUGGUACCGAUCUCCGGAGAAGGUCCGAUUAAUCUUCGUGCAAACAACGUCCUAGUAAAAGUGCAUAUGAAGUACUCGAUAAUCGAACGAAACGGCAACAAAUACAUGUACUUCUCGUCGAUGAAGACGCAGCUGGACGUAAAAGAUUUUACAGCUAAAUUCGAGGCAUCAAACUUCGACAAAACUCUGCAAGAAGCAAUUAGUCAGGCACUGGGUAGCAGUCAUCAGGAAAUCUUGGAGACCACCAAGCCUAGCUUGGAACGCUUUAUUUCCGAGAUGUGUCUCGAUUCAGCCAACAAGAUCUGCAAGCAUUUCACUUUCGACGAGCUCUUCCCCGAUCGAGAAUAACCGAGAUUGCAAAAAAGUAUCUCGACGAGUAUUCGUAGAAAUACUUGAAGUUUUAUCGACCGACCAUCGAAAUCACGUAAAUCGUUUUUUUUAUCAACGCUAGAAAACAAUUCGUAAUAUUUUCAAUUUUUGUUUCACAGUUCUCAAUGGGAAAAACAAACCUGUUCGUUGUAAAGCAGGGAACGCAGAGUUUAUGCUACACUUCUAAAAA